UGAAAGUGCAAAAUAGGAAGAUUUUUCUUCUGCCUUCAAACCCUAAACCCACCCAAACCCCAACUAUUACCUGCACUGGGAAAUUUUCGAAUUUUUUCAUGCCCUUUUAACUCAUUUCUCCACUCCCAUCACUGGAAAUUCAAGUGUUGGAUCAAUGUCAAUUCGAGCUCAAGGUUCAAUUCUUUGUCCUUCUUCAAGCUCACAAAUUCAAUCCAUUCAAAGCCCUAAACCUCCUUGCGUCUUGACGGUACCCACCUAUUUUUCAUUUAAAAUCUUUUCCACAAAGAGGGGUUGGUUGAAAAGCAAUUCUUCCUUCUCUUCCCAUUGUAUUUUACCCGCUUCAACAAACUUACGCCGCAGAAAUUGUGUAAUAAAAACAGAACAUAAAGUGGUUUCUGAUGUAGAAGAAGAUAAUGUAAAAUCGAAAGCUAAAAGGAAAAAUCUUGCAGUAUUUGUAUCUGGUGGAGGCUCAAAUUUUAGGUCAAUUUUUUAUGCUACUCUUAAUGGAUCCGUCCAUGGAGAUAUUGUUGUUUUGGUCACCAAUAAAUACGAUUGUGGAGGUGCGGAGUAUGCGAGAGAUAAGGGCAUCCCUGUUAUUCUUUUCCCUAAAAAUAAAGAUGCAACUGAGGGUUUAUCCGCAGAAGAUCUUAUAGCUGCACUUAGGUCAUACAAAGUUGAUUUCAUUCUUUUAGCUGGUUACCUCAAGCUUAUCCCUACCGAGUUGGUCAGAGCUUAUCCAAAAUCCAUAGUAAAUAUUCAUCCUUCACUUCUUCCAGCAUUUGGAGGCAAAGGUUAUUUUGGUAUGAAGGUGCAUAAAGCAGUCAUUGCUUCUGGAGCAAGGUACUCUGGUCCUACGAUCCAUUAUGUUGAUGAGCAUUAUGACACAGGUCGUAUACUUGCUCAAAGAGUAGUUCCAGUGCUUGCUAAUGACACAGCAGAGGAGCUAGCUGCAAGGGUUCUUCAUGAGGAGCACAAAUUGUAUGUUGAGGUAGUAGCUGCAUUAUGUGAAGGCCGGAUAAUAUGGCGGGAAGAUGGCGUCCCUCUCAUCCAGAGCAAAGAAAACCCUAAGGAUUAUAGGUAGCAAAACAACAUCGGCACAGCCCCGUAUUGCAUUAGCUGGAGUCGAGGUCAAUGUCAGGUGAUAAAUGGUUAUCUAUACCGGUGAUUAGGUAUCAAAAAUUUCAUGGUUAUUACUGUUCAUCGCCCCUUUUACCUGUCAAACUAAUGCGCUUUUAACAUUUGGAAGAAACUAGUAGCCUGUUGCAUUGCUUCAAAGCAUCUUGUGUAUGUCAGAUUUGCUGGGAUACGCAUAGUAUUCCAUUUUUCUCCAUGUCAACUUGAAAAACUACUGAUUUUUGUUAGGUUUGUUAGAUGUUGAGCUGCGUUAUGUCAUGAUGACCUGUAUUGGACAGUAUCAAAGAAGAAAACAAAUUUAAAUCUUAUUUA